UCACUUUCUCUCCAUUUCCUAACCCUUCCUUUUGCGCCACUUCUUUAACCUUCUACCAUCCAAUCAAAAAUCAAAACCAUUCGUAACCAUGUCUCCCUCUGCACUCACUUCUGAUGGCGUCGGUAUCGCCCACCUUCCCAACCAGCGCCACAAGAUUGUAUCCAAGCGCGGUGCCAACUUUACUGUCAUGGUUUGCGGUGAAUCUGGUGUAGGAAAAUCCACCUUUGUCAACACUCUUUUCACUACUGCUAUCAAAGAACCCAAGAAGCUCAAGGCUCGUCACUCCAAGCAGAUUGAAAAAACUGUCGAAAUAGAGAUUACCAAAGCUGAAUUGGAAGAGAAGAACUUCAAGGUCAAGCUGACUGUCAUCGAUACCCCAGGCUUUGGUGACUAUGUCAACAACCGUGAGAGUUGGUUGCCUAUUAUUGAGUUCAUCGACGAUCAGCACGAGGCAUACAUGGCUCAGGAACAACAACCUACCCGUGCUGGUAUUAUCGAUCUUCGUGUUCAUGCCUGUCUUUACUUUAUCCGCCCCACUGGUCACACAUUGAAACCAUUGGAUAUUGAGAUCAUGAAGCACCUUGGUUCCCGUGUAAACUUGAUCCCUGUAAUUGCCAAGGCUGAUACCCUUACACCCAAGGAUCUUGCCAAAUUCAAGAGAAACAUUCUCGAUGUUAUCUCGGCUCAGGACAUCCGUGUUUACUCUUGCCCAAUUGAAAGUGACGAUGAGACUGUAACAACUAUGAACAAGAGCAUCAUGCAGUCAAUGCCAUUCUCUAUCAUUGGCUCUACUGACGACGUUGUUACUGCAGAUGGUCGCACUGUCAAGGGUCGUCAGUACUCUUGGGGUGUUGCAGAAGUAGAGAAUGAAGAGCACUGCGACUUUAAGAAACUCAGAAACCUUCUUGUCAGAUCGCACAUGCAUGACCUUAUAUCCACCUCUGAAGAGAUCCAUUAUGAAAACUAUAGACAGACCCAGAUGGAAACUCGCAAGUUUGGUGAAGCAAAGUCCAAGAAGUAUGAGAACCCCAAGUUCAAGGAACAAGAGGAACAGCUUCGUCAGGCAUUUACCGAACAGGUCAAGAAGGAGGAGAACAGAUUCCGUCAGUGGGAAGCGCAGUUGGUCGCUGAGCGUGAUCGUCUCAACAAGGAUCUCGAGGCACAGCAUGCCCAGAUCAAGACCAUGGAGUCUGAAUUGGAGAAUGUGUACCAGAUGCGUGGUACUAUCCGUCGUUAGAUUACUCUACUCUUAUAGAUGUGGUUUUCUUUUCUUUUCUUUUUUACUUUUAUUUUAUAUAUUUUUGAAAAGCAAAACGAAAAUGAUACCAGCCACUAUUCACUUACCAACUUACCUACAAUUAUCACUGCCAUUACCAUCACAAUUACAAUUACAAUUACUAUCACCACUUCUACUACCACUCCAACCAUAACUACCACUACCCUACCGUUACCGCUAACCACCAAUAACGACUAUCCCAUUUUUCUCUUUGGCUUAUUUACUCUUCUUAUUUAUCUAUCCAUCAACUUAUAAUAUAUAUACACUUAUAUUAUAUCUUUAUAAUCAUAUACAAACAUAUAAACAUUGAUUUUUGUUUCCUUCCUAUGAAUCUUUAUUCUAAAC